AUGAAUUUAUAUAAAUUAAAUGAAAUUCUUCCACUUAUUAAUGAUAAAAAAUCAUGUUUGGAACAUAAAUGUCAAACAAUACUUGUACCAUUACCACCAAAUCAUAUAGGAAAACCUAAAAGAAAUAUUAAACGAAUACUUGAAGAAAGUUCAAAUGAAAUAACAAAAAAAUUAAAUGGAUUUCUACUUGCUAUUGGUAAAAUUCAUCUAUUAUCUCAUGUUGGUCAAACAUUUCAAGAUGAACCAACAUUAUGGCUACCUGUCAGACUUAAUUUUGUCUUAUUUCAACCUGAACGUGGUAGACGUGUUCCUUGUUUAAUACACAAUCGUUUCAAUGCAUCAUUUAUUCGUGAUACAAUACCACCGGUUUAUCAUAAUUUUAUAUUUAAAUUAGGACAAUCUGUUCUACUUGAAAUAAUUCAAUGUGAUGUUGUAAACAAUAUUCUCGAUAUUAAAACAACGCUUGUGAAAGUAAAGAAAGAAAAAAAAAGGGAAUAAUGUUUACGAUUUUGUUUUUUUUUCUAUGUAUAAAUUGUAAAGUUUGAUGUAUGAUUUCAAAAGAUAAAUGAUGGUAUUCAUUUUGCAAAAAGAAAUCUGUAAAUAUUAUGUAAUAAAAUAAGAAAUGAUAGACAGAUACAUAGGAAAUGUUAUUCAAUGUCAGGAGUGAUAUAUGAAUAAUAGAAAUUCAUAAAUCAAUAUAAGAAAUAAAAUAAUUUCAUAUAUGAACUUCUAUGUAACUGAGGAUCUUUUCUAUGCUCUCACUGAUCCACUUUUAAUGCUCAUUCAGGAUAUAUUAAGACUAACAUGUCAUGCGACGAAUUGUUCUAGGACCAUGCAAAUGAAUAUUAAUAUUGAAAACUUCCAUUGGUGAAAUUAAAAUAUCGAUAAAUUUUGUUCAGGUUGUGUAGCUAGGUUUUUUUUUCCAUUUGAAUGAAUGUUUAACUAACUUUAUUAGCAUUGAAAGAAUGUUCACAUAUUUGAAUGCUCUUGUUUACAUACAUGAUUGAACGUUCGAUAAUAUAUUUAUUCAACUCAACGAAUAUGCACUCCGGAUCAGGGUUCGGAGUGGAAUGAAAAAAUCAUCCCAUGAGACCAGUUAGUUUGUUCCAUCUAAAGAUGUGCGAGAUUAAGUUUUUGUGUACUCAAAAAGUUCCUAGACUCUUGAAUCGGUCAGUAUGUCCGUCCGGCCGUUUACACGAUAACUUUUGAAAUGUUGACAAUCUAAUUCUUUUUCUGUUUCUCAACGAUAAAAUUGUGUUGCAUUUAUCUAAUUCAAUUCUA